AGAGAAUAAGUUCAUCAUUGACAAUUGAAUUUUUGUCUACUCUUUGUACAUGGAACAAAAAGUCAUUUUGAAUGACUAGAACCAUACCUGUUUCAGAAUGACCUGCUCUUGUACACAUCCCUUUCCACUUGGUACUGGUGCAAACGUAUCUCUAAGAACCAAACCACUAGCUCAGAUAGGAAAAAGACAGUCGGAUGCCAAUGAGAAACGCAUGAAAUCUGUGGAAAGUAACAUAUAUCAUCAGAGAUCUAAAUCUGAUUCAUAUCGAUCACCAUACAUUGAGAAGUGGUAUCCAAUCAGCAACUUUCCACGUCUUAUUUACCACCAUCAGUUGGUCUCUAAGCUUGCAACAAAGAUGAGAAAUUUCAGAUCAUCGUCUCAAGUCAUUGCACCAUUAAUUAUGAGUGUCCAAAAAGUCCAGCUUUACCUAGCCGGGGAUAUUACUAAAGAAACUGAAAAACUAAUUUCUUCCUCAAAGGCUACAGAAGAGCAAGAAGCUUCCUCUUUGAGGGGUGAACAACGAUGGCCUGUUUCAGCGCUUAUCUAUUUUCAAAGUGAGAAUGAACCAAUAGAAAGAAUAGAAGAGCUUCUCAAUUCCAUACGACCAGUUGUAUGGACAAAAGCUUACAUAGUUCUCAAUAAAGCUGGAUGGUCAUCGUUUGGAAACACAUUUCAAUCAAAAUUCUCGAUCCUCUCAAGAAAAAAGAAAUGUGUUCGAGAAGCUAUAACCUCUUUCCUAGAAGCAUAUUUGAAGAAAUGCAUCGAAGGAUUUCUUGAAGAAUUGAACGUUUACGAAGGAAUGAAUGAAGAAAUACCAAAAUUGUUGAAUGAAUGCAAAUCAGUUUUAUCACAAAUGUCAUCGACGAGAAAUGAAAUGCAGAUCCCGGAAAGGAUUAAAAAAUUCCUGUUUGAGAGAUCAGACGUUCAAGGCUUUGGAAUCUGGGAAACAUCAGAGUUCAGAGUAUUUGUCAGAAACAGAGAAGAUAUUGAAAGUCUAAAUUCCGAACUCUAUAAACUUGAUCCUGAAUUCUUAAACACUAUGUCACUGCACAUCGUGUCCGGUGAACUAAACAUUUACAAUCAUGUGAAGCAAGGUGAAAAAAUUUACCUAGAUAAAAAUGAUGAAAUUUCAAAAUAUGCAACAGCUGGCGCUCUUUUGAGAGACAAUCGAGGUCAAGGCGAGUUGUAUGGAUUGACGUGUCAUCAUGCAUUGCCUAGGGAGAACGAAUUUGUGUACGUUACGUCUGGAGAAAAUAAGCAACUGGCCCAAGUUGGUGAAUGCAUCUAUUCAGAUCAAAAACCUUUCCACGACUUUGCCGUUUUCCAAAUAGAUAAAAACAAACGUGGAACCUGUGAUACGACCUUUCUAAAUAGAAUGGAAAAACCAUGCAAUGUAAAUAUUCACGAAGGACCCAUAUCAGCAAAUUCUGUCGUCCAUAAGAAGGGGGCAACAACUAAUCUCUCUGAUGGUCGGAUCACCAGCUCGGAGUUCUAUCAUGAAUUGUUUGGGAAAAGAAGUGAAAUGUUCUUAGUUUCCAGUUUUAACUCCGAUGAGUACCCCUUUUCUUUACAAGGGGAUAGUGGGUCCGUUGUUUUCCAACACGACAGAUCCCCCGAACAGAGGUCUGUUCAUGCUUUGGGUCUGGUGACUGGAGGGAUAGAUGAAGUCCGAGACGAAAGUCUUAAAGACCUCCUGAAUUCCACAGUUUGCUUACGACUCAACAAAGCCCUUUCUUGCCUUUCUGAAAAGAAACAGUUAGACUUGGAGUUUGAAAACUCUUGUCGUAUAUCUUCAAGCUCAGAUGAAAGUGUAUGAAGGGAAAAUUGAUACCUUUUCCUGUCUUGAUCCUAUUCCUUAUAGAAUGUUUACCUUGUAUCUUAGAUGAGCUCAUAUACAUGUACCUCCCUCUAACAUACGACUGUAAUGAAUUCUUAUGUGUAGUUUAUAAUAGACAUUAAACGUUUUAAUAUGGUGUAUAAUUACUUUACAGUCUUGUACAAAAUUCAACUGAGACUUUUUUUUUCAAAGUAAAUUGAAUUUUGAUAAAUGAA